AUGGCAGAUUCGGGCAAGUCGUACCGCCCGCGCGCCGUGAGCAGCGCCGCCAGGUCAACCACCUCCUCCAUCGGCGCGCACCGCUCGCACAAGAGCCUGGUUAGCUCCCCGCACCCGCGGACCGAGAUUUACGAAGACUCGGACGACUCGGACCAAGAUGACGACGACGAAGACGACGACGAAGAUGACGAAGAUGACGACGAUGACGUCCAACCGCCGACCCACCAGGCGCUGCCUCGAAGCCACACGCCUGGCCAUCUCGCCAGCAAGAGCGUCAACGACCGGACCACGGCCGCCGCCGCCGCCGCCGCAGCCAAGCAGGUCGCCGAGCUCGCCGUCCGCCAGCGAUCGCAGUCGGCGUCACAGGUGCCACCGCGGCCCUCGACGACCGGAGGCAGCAAGAGCCAAGCCAGACCGCAGCACCCACCACCACCGCCGCCCCCACCAACGACCUCUGACGACGCCGACAAGGACGGGAAGCGAGGAGGAGGAGGAGGAGGAGGCUACACGCGCACGGCGUCCGUGCUGACGUCCAAGUCUAACCCCCCGGGGCCGUCCUCCCGCAGCGCGUCUGGGGCGGCGCUCUCGCAGGUGCCCAAGGGCGAGCAUGUCGCCUUCCCGCCGCUGCAGGACCCCAAGGACGCGCCCGACACGCCCGCGGCGCCCGCUUCCGGCAUGUACUGGUCGCGGGCGCCCGUGUCCGGCGCGCCGCACUCGCAGCUGCGCGCCCACACGACCACGCUGAUCGGCUCCAACGUGUACGUGUUCGGCGGGUGCGACGCCCGCACCUGCUUCAACACCGUCUACGUGCUCGACGCCGACGCCUUCUACUGGUCGGUGCCGCACGUUGUCGGCGAGGUGCCCGCGCCGCUGCGCGCCAUGACGUGCACCGCCGUCGGCCGCAAGCUCGUCGUCUUUGGCGGCGGCGACGGGCCGGCCUAUUACAACGACGUCUACGUCCUCGACACGGCGGCGAGCGCGGCGGCGGAGGCGAACGGCAUCUACGUGUUUGGGGGUGGCGACGGCGUCCGCGCGCUCAAUGACAUCUGGCGCCUCGACGUCAGCGACACGACCAAGAUGUCGUGGCGGCUCGUCUCAAGCGGUUCCGAGAGCGGCGGCGGCACGCCACCGUCAGGUGCCGCCGGCAAGGACCAGCGACGGCCCAAGGCGCGCGGCUACCACACGGCCAACAUGGUCGGCAGCAAGCUCAUCAUCUACGGCGGCUCGGACGGUGGCGAGUGCUUCGACGACGUGUGGGUGUACGACGUGGAGACGCACGUGUGGAAGACCGUCAGCGUGCCCGUCACCUUCCGGCGGCUCUCGCACACGGCCACCAUCGUCGGGUCGUACCUGUUCGUCAUUGGCGGGCACGACGGCGCCGAGUACUGCGACGACGUGCUGCUGCUCAACCUCGUCACCAUGACGUGGGACCGCCGCCGCGUCUACGGCCAGGGCCCGACCGGCCGCGGCUACCACGGCACUGUCCUGCACGACAGCCGCCUCAUCACCGUCGGCGGCUUCGACGGCAGCGACGUCUUCGGCGACGUCCACAUCCUGGAACUCGCGGUCCACGCGUACUACUCGCAAAUCAGCCACUUUACGAUUGAGGUGUAG